AUGCCCGGCACGCGCCCGGCCGCACCUGCCGGCGCGGGUGCUCCGCUCACGCCCCGAGGGGCUCCCGGCGCCACGGCUUCCCCACAGGCCCCUCCGCCCUGCGUCCGCGCUCCCCGCGUUCCGCUCGGCGCCGGCUGGGGACCCUGCCCCUCCGGGCCUCCGCCGCCUCCCAAGCUCCUUUGUCUGGGAGGUGCGGAAAGGCGCGGGCCCCGGGCGCGACCCCCUUCCUCCCACGUCGCGGACCCGGGGCCGCCGGACCCUUGGCCUCCCCGCCCCCCGCACGGCCCGAGCCGCGGGGAGUGGGCGCCGCCGCGGGCCGGGCCGGGGAGCGACUUCCUCUUCCGCGGUCGCGUCACGCGGCGGGGGCAAAGGUGCGGCCCAGGUGCGCGGCGGAGGGCGGCGGCGCGGCCAUAUUUGGCGAUUUCGGCGCUGCCGGAGCCCCGCCCGCCCCGCCGGGAAGCCCGGCCCUGGGCAGCGCCGUCCCCGCCCGCCGCGGGGCCUGAGUCACGGCGGGCGGGGGGCGGAAGUAACGGACGGGGGGCGCUCCUGGCCUUAUUUAGUCAAGGAGGCCGCCGAUUGGCGCGCGGGACAAAGUGGCGGCGGCGGAGCAGCCCCCGGGCGCGGGGAGCGGCUCGGCGCCUCCGAGGGGGCAGGGCGGGAGCCGGGCGUGGGGGGCCUCGGAGCCUGAGGAGUCCCGAGCGGAGGGCGGCGGGGGGCCCCGGGCUGCUGCCCGGGAGGCGCGCGGGCGGCCGGAGCGGGCGGGCGAGGCCUGGAGCCCGCGGGACACGGGGGGCUGCAGCGCGCGCUGGGAUUUCUCUGUUUUGCGGCUGCGCCUCGCCCAAGGUCGCUCCGGGGCCGUCCUGGGCUCUGCUCUGGGCAUUGGGUGGCACAGGGCGGCCGCCACUCUUCUGGAGCUGGAGCCGAAGGGCGACUGCACGGACGGAGCUGGGGGGAGCGGGCGGCCCCCGGAGCUGCGCUUCCGCCAGAGCCUUUCGGACAGACGAAGUGCAGGUGAUGGUCCUGUUUCCUGAAGCUCUUUCCCGGGCCUGGGCGGGCUCCAUCUCUUCAGGAACAGUGGUCCUACGGGCAGUCCCGGUGGGCAAGGCUGGUUUCCAAUACCUCAGCCAGAGUCCUGCACUUCUGUCUCCUGGCUGGUGCCCAGCUCGGGGCUUGGUUCUCCUGCCCCACUGCACAGACUGAAGCCCAGGAGGUUCAGCUGGCCAUACUGCCGCCCCCGCCCUGCAGAAUCACUGGGCAGGUGGCUGUGAGUGGCCUGGUGCUGCUCUCUGGUGCUAAGAUGUGCCAGACCAAGUCUCUGCAUAUGACAUCUAAUUCUCACCACCGGAGGACAGUCCCAGACCGUGCCAUUUUGCAGGGAGGGAAACUGAGGCAGUCUCCUGGGUCAGGGUAGUGAGCCAAAAGCAAGGUCACAUCCUGGGAGGUCAGAAGGUUCUGGAGGGGCAGUGUGGGCACUUCACACAAGGGUUAGGGGCUGGGGUGCACAGAGACACUAAAGCCAAGAGUCCCUCAGCUGCAGCCCUGGCCCGCCCGCUCCUGCUGCUCCAGGCCUUCUGGAGACGGGAACCCCUUGCCAUUUACCUGAGGCCCCCAUCCCAGCUGUGCAGCAGGAACCAAGGAGGCCCAGGAAGAGCCCUGAGCUGGGAGUCGGACGCCUGGGUUCUGGACCCGGCUCAGCCCUUGUGCCUGCCAUGUGACCUCUCUACCCCAUUUCUUGUCAGGUGUGUGGCCCAUCAAGGGCUCUGAGGCUGCUUGUCCUCCUGUGUGGACAACAGGUCUGGAGAGAGGAGGUCGCCAGGUGGCCCAGCAAACCCCCCAGGCCUCUUGCCUGACACCCAAGGGUUCAGUUCUCAGUGAUGAGUAAGACAUGCUCCCAACAGACCCCAGUGGGAAUGGGGGAGGA